AUGCAAGAUUUCCUAAGGGCCCGAUACAAAAUACAAGAAGGUCGACCGUACAAAGCCAGACGAGGGUGGUCCCCGGAGAUGGCAGAUGCUCAGCCGUUCCCCAGCCCCACAGGCGACCUCGACCGCGAUGCCCUCCGGGAACUCCGGCUCCCUCGGCUGCAUUCCUGGAAGAAGAGCCUCCUGAGAUCCAAGAAUGCCAUCAUCACAGGCAUGUACCCAGCAGGCCCCUCCAGCUGGUUCAUCGUGGUGGUGGGCGUCAUGUCAUCCACGUACGGCAAGGUGGACCCCUCGUUGGGGAUCAUCGCGAAGAUCAGCCGGACCCUCGGCAGAAUGGGCUACAUGUCCAGCCGGACACAGAACGUGGUCAGCGGCGUGCUUUUCGGCACGGGCCUCUGGGUGACCCUCAUUGUCGCCAUGCGCUACUCCCUGAAGGUGCUGCUCUCCUACCACGGCUGGAUGUUCGCCGAGCACGGCAAGAUGGGCCGUGCCACCAGGAUCUGGAUGGCCAUGGUCAAGGUUUUUUCACGCCGGAAGCCCACGUUGUACAGUUUCCAGACGUGCCUGCCCCGCCUGCCCGUCCCAGCUUUGAACGACACCGUGCACAGGUACCUGGAAUCCGUGAGGCCCCUUAUGAAGGAAGGAGACUUUGAACGGAUGACGGCACUUGCGCAAGAUUUUGCUGUCACGCUGGGACCCAAACUGCAGUGGUAUUUGAAGCUGAAGUCCUGGUGGGCCACAAAUUAUGUGAGUGACUGGUGGGAGGAAUACGUCUACCUGCGUGGGCGCGGGCCGCUCAUGGUGAACAGCAACUACUACGCGAUGGACCUGCUGUACAUCACUCCGAGUCACAUCCAGGCGGCGCGUGCGGGCAACACCAUCCACGCCAUCCUGCUGUACAGGCGCAAGGUGGACCGCGAGGAGAUCACGCCGAUUCUGCUGGGAUCUGCCAUUCCCCUCUGCUCUGCCCAGUGGAAGAAGAUGUUUAACACGACUCGCAUCCCGGGGGAGGAGAUGGACACCCUCCAGCACCUCAAGGACAGCAGGCACAUCGUGGUGUACCACAAGGGGCGUUACUUCAAGGUCUGGCUGUACCACGACGGGCGGCUGCUGAAGCCCCGGGAGCUGGAGCAGCAGAUGCAGAGGAUCCUGGAUGACUCCUCGGAGCCCCAGGCGGGGGAAGCCAAGCUGGCGGCCCUCACCGCGGCUGACAGAGUGCCCUGGGCCAAGUGUCGCCAGGCCUAUUUCGGACGCGGGAAAAACAAGCAGUCUCUGGACGCCAUCGAGAAAGCAGCGUUCUUCGUGACGUUGGAUGAAACGGAACAGGGCUACAGAAAGGAAGAGCCGGAAGCGUCCAUGGACAGCUACGCCAAGUCCCUCCUGCACGGCAAGUGUUUCGAUAGGUGGUUUGAUAAAUCCUUCACCAUAGUCGUCUUCCAAAACGGCAAGAUAGGCAUCAACGCCGAGCACUCGUGGGCCGACGGGCCCAUCGUCAUCCACCUGUGGGAAUACAUUGUGGCUGUGGACUUCUUCCAGCUGGGCUACGCGGAUGAUGGACACUGCAAAGGGGACCCCAACCCCAGCAUCCCGUACCCCACCAGGCUGCAGUGGGACAUCCCCGAGGAGUGCCAAGAGGUGAUCGAGGCGUCCUUGAGCAGCGCGACGCUCCUGGCCAGCAACGUGGACUUCCACUCGUUCCCUUUCCACACCUUUGGGAAAGGUUUAAUCAAGAAGUGCCGGACCAGCCCGGACGCCUUCAUCCAGCUGGCCCUGCAGCUGGCUCAUUACAAGGACAUGGGCAAAUUCUGCCACACGUAUGAGGCCUCCAUGACCCGGCUAUUCCGAGAGGGGAGGACGGAGACCGUGCGCUCCUGUACCACGGAGUCCUGCAACUUCGUGCUGGCCAUGAUGGACCCCACCCAGACGGUGGAACAGAGGCUCCGCCUGUUCAAGCUGGCAUCCGAGAAGCACCAGCACCUGUAUCGCUUGGCCAUGACCGGCGCGGGCAUCGACCGGCACCUCUUCUGCCUCUACGUGGUGUCCAAGUACCUGGGCGUGGAGUCCCCUUUCCUGAAGGAGGUUUUAGCUGAGCCGUGGAGGUUGUCAACCAGCCAGACACCCCUGCAACAUACGGACCUGUAUGACUUCAAGAGGAACCCCGAGUUCGUGUCCAGCGGGGGAGGCUUCGGACCAGUGGCUGACGACGGCUACGGCGUGUCUUACAUCAUCAUGGGGGAAAACCUCAUCAACUUCCACAUUUCUGCCAAGUUCUCCUGCUCGGAGACGGACUCCCAUCGCUUCGGAAAACACGUGAGACAAGCCAUGACCGACAUCAUCGCUCUGUUCGGGCUGAAGUUCUGACCCCAGGAAGUGAUGGCCGGGAGCCCCCCGAGCAGCAGCAGGGACCCUCCUGGAGCGAGCCAUGUGAUCACAGUCCGGGAUGGAAACUCACCUUAGAAAAGCCCACGCUUCCCUAGACCAGCCAAGUGCCACCCUCCCCUGCCGGGCCCGCGCCCCUCGGCAGCAGCUGCCCAGGUGCCCCAGGGCUGGUGGGGGGAGGGAUGGCAGGGCGGUGGCAUCCUGGAGGAGGGGGACGUCCUGCCCGUGGACCUCAGGGCGGCCGACCAGCCGCCAGCCGGGGCGUCAGGGCCUCUUACGUCAUCACGGCCGUGUAGACACUGGCUGUGUUCAGGGACAGGUGGGUUGUGUUGUUGAAGAGCGCUGACACGUCACGUCACGCACCGUCAGGGGGUGCCGUGGCUGCAGGCAGGCGCUGUCCCCGUGGG